AUUUUGUAUUUGUGGCGAGUGGUGAGCGCAAGCGAAGUGAUUUUUGAUUAAUAUUGUUUUGUUUAUUAAUAUUUUAUUUUCUUUCUUGUUCGUUUCAUGCUUAACCCACUGAACUACUGAAACUGAAGGAAAAGAAAAUAGUCAAGGAUUUUAAUACAUAAUUAUUAUGUGACGCUAUUACAUUUGUGUUGUGGAAAUUGUGCUAGAAAUAAGAAAACAAACAGACGUGGUGUUAAAUAUCAGCUAUGGGAACAACAGAAGCAACACACUAUUGUAUGGGAUGUUUAUCUCAUAGAGACGAUAAACACACUGAGCCCUAUAAUAUUCAAAGCGAGGCUUUGAAAGCAGUACUUCAGGUAAAUGAAGUGAUGUUAUGUUAUAUUUGUACAAAAUUCAUACUCAAGAGUGAACAGUUCGUACAGAAUGUGCAAAGAAAUCAGAAAUAUUUAGAAAAUUCCCAAAACCUUGCAGAUUCAACACUUGAGACAAGUACUCAUAAACACCAGUUGGUCAGUCUAUCCGUUGUAUCAUUGUAUUCAAUUAAUCUGACCGGUGACAGCAAUGACUUGGAGAUGCCCAUUGUUACUGUAUUAAGUUCACAAACCAACGAGGUUACAGUCAAAUUAGAACCCAAAGAGGAAUUGUCUUUGGAAUAUUCGGAUCAAGAAUUCAUAGAUGAUCAUGAUUUACAAGAAUCCUCUAUUAAAGAGGAAGAAUGUUUAUUGAACAAUUUUAAAGAAGAAAACGGACAAACUCUGGACAAUAUCAGCUUAAGACAACUCAAGAAAGCAUUAAAGGCGGGGAAAAUUAAAAAUAAAAUCAAAUCACCAAAAAAAGAAAAUCAACAAGACAAAGAAAAAAAGGAAAAACUCAAGAAACAGCAAAAACUUAAAGACCGACGGGAUCUACAAAACUUAAACAUACAAAAGUUAAACAUAACGUUGGAACAAUGUAUGAAAGAUAGAACAAAAAUGCGAGAGGACCCCAAAUAUAAGAACUUGUAUUACAAAUGCAUGGAUUGUAUUAAAGGGUUUAGUUUUAAAGAAUCUUAUGAGAAACAUAUGGAGGUGCACAGCAAGGUAAGAGGGGAAUUUGAGUGUGACAUAUGCAAGCGGAGAACUGAUACUUUACAUAAACUGUUGGAGCAUAAGAAAUACCAUCAUAUCCGCUACCGGUGCGGCGAGUGUGGGCUGACCCGUAUCAACCGGUUCACUAUCAAAGACCACUACACCGCCGCCCACCUGAGCGAUGUCUGCCAGUACAAGUGUUCACACUGCAGCAAAGUGUUCAAUCGACAAGUAUCCCUGAGAAAGCACAUAGCAUAUGUACAUAGGAGCAAGAAUAGGAUAGAGUGCAAAUAUUGUUCGAAGACAUUCGCCAAUAAGGAAAGUGUAAAGGGACAUGUUAUGCUAAAACAUCCAACAACGGAAUCGUCUGGUCAAACGUUCACCCACCACGUAUGCAAAGACUGCGGUGGCGGUUUCAAAACUCUUUCUCAACUCAAGAAUCACAUGACCAAGCAUUCUGACCAAAGGGACUUCUACUGCGUGGAGUGCGAUAAAGCUUUCAAAACGAGCUACGCGUUAAAACAACAUCUCAAAAUUGCCGCGCCACACGUCAACUACAUGGAAUUCAAACUACAAUGCGAACACUGUGAGAAGCGGUUCGCGGUCAAGCGUGAGUUGGAACAACAUUUGAACAGGGUCCAUCUCAACCGAAAGCCCUACCAGUGCGACAAAUGCGACAAGGCGUACCUCUCUCUGUGGUCGCUGACGGAACACAAGAAAUUCGCGCACGACGGCCACAAGCGACCCUUGAAGUACCCCUGCCCCCAGUGUGACAAGGUGUUCGCACAAAACUCCACACUCAAGUCACACCUACGCACACACACCGGCGAGCGACCGUAUAUGUGUGCGGAGUGUCCCGCUGCCUUCACACAGGGAAGCAGCCUACGCACGCACGUCAAGUUGGUGCAUCUGCGUCUAACAAGAGAUGGACUGCCCAAGAGACACGCCGCCACCGCCAGCUCCUAGACUAUAGUGUUGCCAAUUUGUGGAGAUUUCCCCAAAUUGUGGGGAACUUAAACUCAAUUUUGUGGAAUAUAUGGUGGAUGCAAUAAUUUAAAGAUCAAAACAUGAAACACAUUGUAGCAAAUAAAUGAUGAUUUGAUUUGGAAAAAAUAAAAGGAAAAUAAAUAAAUAAAAAUAAAAAAUGGAAUCGAAUUCUGUUUGAAUUUAAUAACCUUAGUUUCACACCACUCGUCCAGUUGAGUCGAUAUGAAAACGUCGAAAUGUGUAAACUUGAUGUGCGGCUGGGUGUUAGGUAUAUUUUUGCGCACGUCAAGUUGGUGCAUCUGCGUCUAACGCGAGAUGGACUGCCCAAGAGACACGUCGCCACCGCCAGCUCCUAGACUACAGUGUUGCUAUAUUGUGGAGAUUUCCCCAAAUUGUGGAAAAACUAAACUCAAUUUUGUGCUAUAUUUGGUGGAUGAUGAAUACCAUGAGUGUCUAGGUGAUGAAAUAAUUUAAAGAUCAAAACAUGUACCACAUUCUAGCAAAAACAAUUGAUGGACUGACCAAGAGACACGCCGCCACCGUCAGCUCCUAGACUACAGUGUUGCCAAUUUGUGGAGAUUCCCCCAAAUUGUGGGAAAUUUGAACUUAAUUUUGUGCAAUGUAUGGUGGAUCAUGAAUACCAUGAGUAUCUAGGUGAUGCAACCACACAUACCACCCCACAUUCUAGCAAAUAAAUGAUGAUUUCAUUUGAUACUCCAUUUGUGGGGGUUGAGAGCUCCACACUCAAGUCACACCUACGCACACACACCAGCGAGCGACCGUAAUGUGUGCGGAGUGUCCCGCUGCCUUCACACAGGGAAGCAGCCUGCACACGCACGUCAAGUUGGUGCAACUGCCCAAGAGACACGCCGCCACCGCCAGCUCCUAGACUAUAGUGUUGCCAAAUUGUGGAGAUUUCCCCAAAUUGUGGAGAAAUUAAACUCAAUUUUGUGGAAUAUAUGGUGGAUGCAAUAAUUUAAAGAUCAAAACAUGAAACACAUUCUAGCAAAAACAAUUGAUGGACUGCCCAAGAGACACGCCGCCACCGCCAGCUCCUAGACUACAGUGUUGCCAAUUUGUGGAGUUUUCCCCAAAUUGUAGGGAAAUUAAACUCAAUUUUGUGGAAUAUAUGGUGGAUGCAAUAAUUUAAAGAUCAAAACAUGAAACACAUUCUAGCAAAUAAAUGAUGAUUUGAUUUGAAAAAAAAUAAAAGAAAAAUAAAUAAAAAAUGGAAUCGAAUUCUGUUUGAAUUUAAUAACCUUAGUUUCACACCACUCGUCCAGUUGAGUCGAUAUGAAAACGUCGAAACGAUGAAACGCGGCGCGGCUGGGUGUUAGGUAUAUUUUCGCGCACGUCAAGUUGGUGCAUCUGCGUCUAACGCGAGAUGGACUGCCCAAGAGACACGUCGCCACCGCCAGCUCCUAGACUACAGUGUUGCUAAUUUGUGGAAAUUUCCUCAAAUUGUGAAAAAACUAAUCUAAAUUUUGUGCAAUUUUGUGCUAUAUUUGGUGGAUGAUGAAUACCAUGAGUGUCUAGGUGAUGAAAUAAUUUAAAGUUCAAAACAUGUACCACAUUCUAGCAAAAACAAUUGAUGGACUGACCAAGAGACACGCCGCCACCGUCAGCUCCUAGACUACAGUGUUGCCAAAUUGUGGGGAAAUUAAACUCAAUUUUGUGCUAUAUUUGGUGGAUGAUGAAUACCAUGAGUGUCUAGGUGAUGCAAUAAUUUAAGGAUCAAAACAUGUGCCACA